UAUUGCUCAUCUCAUGCACAAUGGAAAGAGAAAAUUAGCACACGAAAAAAAAGAGAGAAAAAUAAACAAGUAAGAAUCCAUGGGAGAAACUUUGUAUAGCGACGUCAUUUAUGUUGCGGUAAAUCAAUAUGUUCCAGAAAGUGAACUAAAUUUGUUAUGGACAUUGAAGACUCUUCGUGUUAAGAAGCUCUGCCUUCUUCAAGUUCUUAUUCCAUUUUCGCCGAACCCUUCAUGUGGGCUUAGCAAAAGUGAGAUCAAAGCAAUCCAAGAUUCAGAGCUGAAAACUUCAUAUGAUAGCCUUUACAAGUACCGUGAUAUCUGCUCAAACGAAGGGGUUAAUGAAAAAGAUGUGGGUAUAUCACUGGUAUCAGGAUAUGAUGUUGGUGAAGAGAUUGUGAAACUCAUCAAUCAAAACAAUAUCAAGAAGCUCGUUAUGGGAGCAGCAGCUAAUCCUCAUUAUUCCAGGGGAAUGUCUAUCACAUCUAGAAAAGCAGAGUACGUGAGUCAACAUGCACCUACUCGCUGUAAAAUUUGGUUCAUCUGCAAAGGGAAACUAAUCAAGACAAGAGAAGGAAGUUUCGACCUUGGAUCGGAUUCGCUCAAAAAACUCGGUACUCCAACGCAGCAUACAUCGUUAUCCUAUCUAGCUAUGGUUUUUAUUAUAAUCUCCUUUUUCUUACUGUAUUCGAUUUCCUUUUUACAUUAGGGUCGGGUUUUAUAACCGACUAAAGCUUUUAGUUUUGCUACAUAUAGUAUGCUCUCGGCUUUGUGAGAGAUACAACUUUGAUUAUUGUAUGGUUUUUAUUAUAAUCUCUUUUUUCUUAAUGUAUUCGAAGGGUCGGGCUUUAUAACCGACUAAAGCUUUUAGUUUUGCUACAUAUAGUAUGCUCUCGGCUUUGUGAGAGAUACAACUUUGAUUAUUGAAAUAUAAAUUUAAGGUUUUGUUUUAAACAACCCCAGAA